ACUUUCGGAGUCACUCAUCCUUUAAGUAAGCAGGGUGGGGUUGGGUGCGCUUGCGCGAUUUUAAUACUCCGCCCCGAACUGCCAACUCUUCGCGCAGAGUUAGGCCCCCUCCGCUCUGUAUUACGCGUGCGCACUAGUGGACCUGACCCGGAAGACCAUACGCCUGCGUGGUGGGGACUACGGUGACAGUACCCGGGUGGGGCGCGGGCCAGUCAUGGCGGAGCCUUGGUUUGGGCAGUCUUUGCAUGCUUUGCCGGCCACAGUGCUGGGCGCGCUGGGCGCCCUGGGCAGUGAGUUUCUGCGGGAAUGGGAGGCGCAAGACAUGCGCGUGACCCUCUUCAAGCUGCUGCUGCUCUGGUUGGUGUUAAGUCUCUUGGGCAUCCAGCUGGCCUGGGGUUUCUACGGGAACACAGUGACCGGGUUAUAUCACCGCCCAGGUCUGGGCGGCCAGAAUGGAUCCACACCCGAUGGCUCCACGCAUUUUCCUUCGUGGGAAAUGGCAGCAAAUGAACCUCUCAAAACCCACAGAGAAUAAGAGAAGGCAGCAAAAGAAUCUCCAGAGGCAUCACUAGGUCUGCUGGCUUUUGCAGUGGGUCCUGCUGCUGCCCAGACCCCAGGGACAACUGCAGGGGGCUUGGAGUUUUGGGCAAAGAACACCCCAGUGCUUGCAGGACUGGGCCUCCAUUUUCAUUCAGACUUGCUUCCAACAGCCCCAGGUCCUGGGAUAGUAAAGAGUUUGCCUCUACCCUGAUCUGGGUGCCUUAAGAGAGAAGACAUGUUGCUUCUCUCUCAGAGGUCAGAACUCAGGAGAGUCUUUGGUUUGGGGAGGCCAGCAGUCCCUUUUAUCUUGGCUUUUCCUGUCCCUCUUCUCAUCCCCCUGGGAUGUGACCCCAUAGUGAUAUACCACUCUGAGAGGAAGCCAGAAGUUGACCCAUUCUGGAAUUUGUAAGGAAAAUCUGUUCUCCCCUAAGCCCUCAAUUUCCUGAAUUUCUUUGGUUUUGCUUUAUUGGCAGAGCACCAGGUAAUCCUGGCCUUCUACUCUAUGGUUACAUAGCUGGCCAUUUAAGUAGAAGGCAGAGUAUCCCUGCUGGCACCAUCCAGACUUAGGUACCAAACACCCAUCUCCUUGGCCCAACCAGAGCUCUGCAGGUAUGAACCGGGCAAAGGAAAUUAUCAUUUCUCAUUUGUUCUCAUAUCUUUACCCUUCUUAGGAGAAACUUGGGUGCCUGAAAGAGAGAGUCCACUAGCUGAGCCCCUGGGUUGGCCUCCCACACACAAUUGCUUAAAUGUCCAUGGGAUCUUGGGUCUAUACCCUCCCCCCCUCAUAAGAAGUACUAAGCACUUAUGGUGUAGAGUGACUUGCUCAUACCCUGCAAACUCAGGAUUUUCCAUCUGAAGGUGGAACAAUCAGGGGCCUCCUCCUCUGAGCCAUUAGCACCAUCUCAGCCCCUAGAAGCCCUCCACAGGAAAGAGUCAUAAGCCAGGCAAACCUGCCAUCUUCACAGAGGGCCAGGAAAGGUUCCAAAGGGGUAGACUACAAAAGUCCCUAUACAAACACUGCCUCUAGAAAGCAUCAUGGCACUGAACUUGCCUCCUCCUCUAAUGGCUGUACUUCUGCCUGCCUCUACUGGGCCACCACCUACCUCAGUGUUGCACUCCCUGCUGCUUCUGUUAAAUGUCACAUAUCCAUCUGACAGUCUUUGCUUAGGCAGAUUUUGUUGCAGAGGUACACCCUAAGUGAGACUGCACUGCACACACGCAUAUGUACCCACUCCGGAGCUGUCCUCUGGCUUGCAGGAUAGCCCCAAGCUUACCCACUGACACCAGCACAUACACAUUCAGGGUCUCACAUUUCACCCCAAGCCCAAGUGAAGAUGUGGCUUAUUAAACAAAGAAGUGCAUCAGUUGUGUGGUUAUUCAAACAAGGCAAGUGUGCAUGCACAGGGGCAACUGGAAAAUAUGCUGAAGAUUUCAGGACCCACAGUGCAGUAAUUUGGAGAGAUGGAGAGGUGAUGCCAGCUGGAAGAAUGGUAGUGGGGUACCCAACAAGGACAGUGUUCCCAUUAGUUCUUAUAGACCU